AUGAUUUACAAAGGAUCGAAGAAAAUAUUUAAUAGCAUGGAAUAAUAUUAAUUAAUCAGAUAGAUAGAAAAAGAAGAUGAAGUCCCGUCAAAAAAGACUGAAGAGGCAAAAAUUUCAUUACCUAUCAAGCUAGCUAAGUAUUUAAGUGUAUCAGGAUUUGGAGAUCUUUUAUUAGCAAUAAAAUCAUUGUUGUCUUUAUUUUAUGUGAUAAACCAUGCAGUUGACACAUACAGCUGGCCAUCAUCGAGUAUUAAUGCGGCCAAUUAUUAAACAGACAAUACUAUUGUGAUUUUAGAAAUUAUUAUGGAUAUUUUAUUUUUAUUAGAUUUUUUGAUCAACUUCUACAUAUCUGAAAAUAGACUUUAUUAUAUUUUUUCAUACUUAUCUAUUUUGGAAUAUGUCAGCAUUCUUCCAUCUCUCUUCGUCAGAGUAGGCUUCUAUCCAGGCAAUAAAUAUGCAUUCGUUACAAGAGCUUUAAUGUUUCUACAAAUAACAAGAAUGGAAAGUUUUUUUUCUCGGAGAGCUACAGAAGUCUCUAAAAACAUGUUUAAGAUUUUGUUUACAUUAUUGAGUGUUAUGGUUGAAGCAAGCAGUUUUCUAAUCGUAGUUGAAUAAGAUUAAAGUCAAAGCUUUCAUGAUUUCUUGUAUUUUAUGGUAGUAACUAUCACUACAGUUGGAUAUGGUGACAUAGUUCCUUAAACAAUAUUAGGUAGGAUGAUAGUAAUAGUUUCUAUCUUAAUUCUUCUUUCUCUUAUUCCUGCUUAAGUUGAUUCUCUAACAAAAUCAAUAAGACAAACUAGUAAAUACAAAACUGUGAAAUUUAUUAAGAAGCAUUCCAGUAUCAACCAUAUAAUUAUUCUUGGUAAUGCUUAGGUUGAGGGUUAUAAAACUUUUCUACAGGAAUUAUACCAUUAAGAUCAUGGAAUUUCAGAAAUACCUUCAGUGAUUAUGAAAAACUAGCAUCCUAGUGAAGAAAUGUUGAAACUUUUGCAAAGAAAUAAUUUAUCAAAUUAAUUAACUUAUCUGUAUGGAAAUCCUCUCAACAUAGAAGAUUUAAAAAGGGCUCAAGUAGAAUAAGCUUAAUGCGUUAUUAUUCUAGCUGAUAAAAUGACUAACGAUCAUGAAUCAGAAGACCACAGAAAUAUAAUGUAUACUUUGGCAGUUAAAUAAUACGUCCAAAACAUAACUAAAAGCGAUAUAAGAGUUUGCUUGCAGCUUCUAAAACCAUAAAUUAAAGACAUUUAUUAUUAAUCAAUAGACUAUGGUUAUAUUGAUCAGGUUAUUUGUGUUGAUGAGUUAAAAUUAUACCUUCUGGCUAAGACAUGUUUAUGCCCUGGCAUAAAUACAAUAAUAAGCUUUCUUAUAGCUUCUGAUAAACCAGAUACUAGUGUAGUUGAAAAGAAAGAUGAAGAUAGCUGGAUAAAUGACUACAUAGAAGGCAUGCAAAAUGAAAUUUACAGAAUUAGUUUAGAUCCAAAAAUAUUCUCAGGUUACACUUUCAAUAUUGUGUCUUAGCACAUAUUCAGACAACUUGGAAUUAUUUUAUUUGCCCUAGAAGUAAAAGUUCUCGAUGAAACGAAACUAUUUAUUAACCCUGCCGAUUACCUGAUUUAGGAUAUUGAGUAUUAUGGUUAUGUCAUAGCUUCACAGUAGCCAAAUAAUAAAGAUAUUUAAAAAGUUAAAAUUGAGUCAAGUAUACCAAGAAAUCAUAAUUAUCCAACUGUUCCAAAAUAAAUGCCUGGAACCAGCUACCUAAAAGAUAUAAUCACAAAUGAAAAAAGCUAAAAAUAUAAUGCAUUUUACCAGAAUAAAGUCGGAAUCUAAAAUUUGUAACUAACUCAAUACACAGAAAGAAGGUUUGAAAAUCAUUACAUAGUAUGUGGCUUUGUUUCAGGAUUAAAGUAUCUUCUUAUGCCUCUUAGAGCAAGGUCUUUAAAAACAAUUCAUCCUAUUGUUAUAAUAAAUAAUGAAACAAUACCCUCAGAAUUGUGGAACUAAAUUAAUACUUUUCCUAAAGUAUAUUUUAUGUUAGGAUCACCUUUGAAACAAGAAGACUUGGAGAGAGCUUGUGUUAAGAAAGCUCUAGCUCUAGUCAUUCUUUCUAAACCAAGAGAAAAGCAAACAGAAAAUUCUGGUAUGGUAGAUGCAGACACAAUAUUUAUAUAUAAAACUGUAAAAUAUAUGAACCCAAAUAUCUAAAUAAUUACUGAACUGGCUUAAUUAACUGCUAUUUCAUUUAUUAGCUAAACAAAAAAUUCAUAUGUGAAGCAAAUUGGAUAUUUAGCGAGUGAGCCAUUUGCAUCAGGAGAAAUUUACAUCUCAACAAUGCUAGACACUUUAAUAUGUUAAGCCUAUUAUAAUCCAUUCAUUAUUAACAUAUUAGAUUAGUUAAUUAUGGGAGGAGCAACUCACAAUCCAAAAUUCAAAAAAAUAUACAACAAUUUAAGACUACAUUCUGCUAAUAUAUUCCUUAUAGAUAUACCUUUAUAAUAUGAAAGCUACACAUUUGGAUAAAUUUUUGAUGUGUUUAUUUCUGUACAUAAAAUGAUUCCUAUAGGAUUGUACAAAGCUGCUAAUACAAACAAUAAUUCUAAACCAUAUGUAUUUCUGAAACCUUCUGCUGACUCUAAAACAAACCCUAAGGAUAAAAUAUAUGUACUUUCUAUAAAAUAACCAAAAUAUGAAACUGAUUCAUAUUAAGUGGAAAAUAAUUUAUUCUAAAAUUAGUAAUAAUUUACAGGCAUCAACAUCAAAAGCAAGCUGUAAGGAGAUGAUGGGAGGAUAGAUAUGGAAAUAGCAAGAUCUAUUUUUAAAAUAAGUAAUGAGAUAGAAGGUUUGUAAAGUGACUUGUCUCAAUUAAAUUAAUAGAAUUUCUUUAAAAACUUAACAAACAGAAAUUUUAUUCCAUCAAUAAGGUCAGUAGUGAAGAAAGAGAUAUCAAAUAUUCAUUUAAAUUCUUGA